AUGACCACACCAUCACCAAACCAGCAGCUACAAGUACCACCGGCCACGCAGUCAACGAAUCCAAUCUAUGUCUACACAAAAUUUGUGGUCGCUUCUGCGCGGGCAACGACGGCGGUCGCAGCAGCGAUGAUGGCCAAUAGCAACUCGAGUGGAAUCAGCGAGCUCAAAGCACUUCACAAUUCUACCAAUGCACUCACCUCGCCUCGUGAACGUAGUGCGAAAAAUACACCAAGAGAUAGAAAUCAUGCGUACGCGAGUCUGGUGGAUAUCGUGCGACCACGAACUGUCCCGGUAUUAUCGUCCCGUCAGACGUCGACAUCGCCUCGAGGAAAUACCGAGCAGAAGGACGGCAAGCUUCCUCGUGUCAGGAGGCAGUCCCAAGCGGAGGGUAGCGGUGAAUCCAGAACCAGUAGAGAGCAGGAUAACCAGGACUCUAGACCACGGACAACACCUGCGCCUUCGACAGCGCCUUUAACUGGAGAUCGUGAAGUGUUUCCGGCUUGGAUUCGAGAACGAAAGGAUUUCCAAGUGUUCUUCCCUCGGUUUUCGGAUCAUGUGAUCACGGACGAGGAGAUCCUGCAGCAAGGUGUCCCGAAGGAGCCGAGCGAACGAAAUAUUGUAGAGUUGCAGUGUAUCGCGCGUUGGAUCAUGAAGAUCCCAUCCAUGUCGACCUUCUUGGACUUGAAUCAGGCCACAGAGAUCGCGAAGCUGGCAAAGUAUCGAGCCUUCCGACCACAGGAAUAUGUUUUCCGCAAAGGCGACGUCGGCGACGCGUGUUAUCUCGUUCUCAGUGGAGAGGUACAUAUUCUAAUCGACGGUGAGAAGGUGGCAUCUGUCACCAAGAACUCUGCGUUCGGUGACAUCGCGCUUCAGCUCGAGAACGCCACUCGCGGAGCCGACGUCCAGGCUGCAUUCCCGCCAGGAACUGCAUCACCUGGCGCAUUGACGCCCAAUUCCUCGCAGUCGGCGAUAGGAUGCGAAGUGCUAAUGAUCAUGGCAGAAGAUUACCACAAAACAUUGGCGAGAUGUCAAACACGUAGACGUAAACACCUCGUGAACUGGUUGCACACUGAGGUGACGUUGUUUCGCGAUUGUGUGGAGAGUAAGCUUCACUUCUUCGAGCUUGUGUCAAUCGACGUGCCGCUUAAGAAAGGUGAGAUACUGUACACCCAAGGAGAAUCGGUCGGAGCGUUCUACAUUGUGCGUUCUGGUCGUGUAAGGCUGGAAGUUGACAUUCAAUACGAACGUCGACAUCGGUGGCCGUGUGAUAAACACAAGUGGAAGCAACAAGUUCACGCUGUCCGCUCACGUGUGCCGUUCCAUACAGAAGAAAGUGCCGGGUUUUUCGGUUUUGAGAUGUUCAUCAAGGGCCAGCAAACACGCGCUUACACUGUCGUGGCAGAUUCUCCUACAGUCGAACUGAUAGGACUUAACCGCGUCGACUGCUUCUCGCCUUACUUCUCCUUCACCCCACGAGCUCAAGAUCGGAUCCACGAUAAGAACGACAAAUGUCGCGAUAUGGCGCUGAAAAUGGUGCAGCAACAGCUUCGAGCAUUUCGCAAGUCUCAGAGUGCAGCAGCAAGUAAGAACACGCCCACUCACCCUCCAGUUGUUAUCCAACACAAAUUCCCUCAUUCAAGCGAGACUCCCGAAUUUCAGUUCCCUCGUCUACGUCCUGCAAAGUGGAAAGCAGAUAACGAAGUGGUUUCCGCAUUUCAGCAAGCAUGUCAAUAAAAAAAAAAAAAAAAGGUG